GGAACGCCAAAACUCAUCGUUUAUCAUUAUCCUAACGACGCCUUCUUCGUCGUUUUGAGGGUUUUCAGAUUCAGCUCUUUCGCCACUUCACCCUAUCGUAGGAAAGCGCGAUUUCGGUGCUUCUCCGUCGUCGUUUUGUUUAAAUUCUCCUAAAUCAGCUUUGAUAAUCACCGUUAAUGGAUAAUUCACCAACAACCAAUCCUGGACCGCUUGAUCCUUGUGUACUUUAUGACCAAGAUAAACACGUCUCUUCUGCGGUUUGGGACGGGCAGGAGCGUGGCGCACUUAGAUGUCAUGAACAUACUUCAAAGUUAGGAGAGUGGAGGCUGAUGCCGAGACAGAUUGAGUUAGUAGAGCAAGCUGGAUUUGGUUACUUAAGAAAGAUUCCUGCAAUAAGUUUAGAUAAUCCAUUGAUAUCUGCAUUGGUUGAGAGAUGGAGGCGAGAGACUAAUACAUUUCAUUUUAUUGUUGGAGAGAUGACAGUGACUCUUCAAGAUGUUGCGUUAAUGUUGGGCUUGGCAAUUGAUGGGAAGCCUGUGAUUGGAGUAACACACACUACUUGUAGUUCAGUGUGCAGUAAGUAUUUAGGGAAAGUUCCAGAUUUGAAUUAUGCGAGCGGUGGGAUGGUUAAGUUGAGUUGGUUGAAGGAGUAUUUUUCUAAUUGUCCUGAGGAUGCAUCGACUGUAGAAGUGGAAAGACAUACGAGAGCUUAUUUAUUGUACCUUGUGGGAAGCACGAUAUUUUCUACUACGACAGGGAAUAAAGUGCCUGUUAUGUAUCUCCCCUUGUUUGAGGAUUUUGAGGAUGCGGGAACAUAUGCCUGGGGUGCAGCAACAUUGGCAUUCUUGUAUAGAGCACUUGGGAAUGCCUCUGUUAAAUCUCAAAGUACUAUAUGUGGUUGUUUGACACUUCUACAGUGUUGGAGCUAUUAUCAUCUGAAUAUAGGCCGCCCAAAGCUUAACAGGGAUCCCAUCCAUGAUCAUUUCCCAUUUGUAUUGAGAUGGAAGGGAAAACAAAGUGGACCAACAACGAAUCGUGAUGUAGUGUUUUACCGUAAAGCAUUAGACUCCCUGAAACCAUCUGAUGUGGAGUGGCUUCCUUACAAAUAUAUGGACAGCACAGUUAUACCAGAAGAUAUCAAAAGUACUCUGAUUUUGGGGAGAUCAAGAACUAUGUUGAUAUGCUUUGACAAGGCAGAGAGACACCUUCCUGAUCGCUGUCUAAGGCAGUAUGGCCUGCUUCAAGCGAUCCCAGAAGAUGUGCCACGGUGGGUUAGAAAGAGUCGUGGGGUUGAUGGUGGGGUGGAUUUGUCAGGAAAAAUGGAGUCAGAACUUAGUGAAUGGUCGGACCGUAGACUUCAUAUUGUGGAUGAUGAUGAGAAUGCAGAUGAAAAUGAAUACAUGCAGUGGUACUUGAGAAUUACUCGUAAAGUUGUGGGGAGACCUAUCUCCCUCUCAUCUGAGUUUCAGAGGACGAUUUCUGGUUUAAGGGACAUUGCUUACUUAGCAGAUACAUUCUCAACAAAGGGGUUGGAUGCUCAACAAUAUGAGUCCAUUUCUAGGAUAAGGUGUAUUGCACAGGACUGUUUGCGGGACGAAGUUGGAAGUCAAGUUGUUUUAUCAGUUGCCCCAGACACUGAACUUGGGAAAAGGUCAAGGGGGAAGGAAAGAGUGAGAAGGAAGAAUUCUGGAAAAAGGAAACGGGAUAAUGACCCCAUGGAAGGUCUCGCAGCUAGUGAGGAUGAAUCUCAAUUCUGUGGAGCUAUUGUUGAAGUCGAUCAAAUAAACUUACCCCAGACGGGUGUUGAUGUUCAUCACUUACAGCUCACCCAUGCAGUUCAUGGGAGUGAUGCACAGAUGUGUUUUAAUGGUGCAGUUGAAAAGGUUGAUGACACAGAGCUCCAUCAUGCAGCUAAUGAGGUUGUUGAUUCUCAACUUUAUGAUGCUAAUAAUGUGGUCAGUGGCUCUCAGCUCUAUGAUGCAACUUCUCAGGUCAUUGACUCUCAUUUCACUCAUGUUGUUGGCAUGGCUGAUCCUCAAGCUGCCAAACUGUCAGAAGAGGUUGUUAUGCAGUCAUCUCAGCUUUAUGAUGCAUCUAAUGAUGUCAAUGACUCAAAAAUUUGUGAUGCAAUGGAUGAUGUCAAGGACUUACAAAUAUCUCAUGUUACUGAUGAAGUUGGGGGAACACAAAUUCCUGAUUCUACUGCUGAGGUCAAUGGUUUGCGAACUUGUCAUAAAACCGCCAAGGUCAAUGACUCAGAAAUAUGUGAUACUACUGUCGGGCUCAGUGAUCAACAGCUUGCUGGUGAGACUGAUACUUAUACUGCCAAAAUGGUAGAAGAGGUUCCGCAGUCAUCAUCUCUUGAGGAUGUUGCAAAGCAGGGUGAUCAUAGCAUCAUGGCCUAAAAUGAAAGGCAUUACCAUGCACUUGUAAAGAGGUCACCACUUUCACAACUAAUCAAAUGCUUUCACAUUCACUGCUAAGGUGAUUAUUAUAUACCUGAUCAUUAUGACAGGAGAGUAACAUCAUCAGUCUUUAUAAACAUGGUAUUGGUAGUCAAAGAAGAUUCUUGAAGGAGAAUCUGUUGUUUGUGGUUGAAGGUUUCAAGGUUGGUCUGUUUUUGUAACAUCUUGUUUAGCCUAUUGAUUAGCUUUUCUCUAGUUUAGAGGCAACUGAAAGUAGAUUAUUUGUGUUCUACUCUGGAGAUACUUAGAAUGGAACCAUUGGUUCUUCAUUUACUGUCAUUUUAAUGAUCUUAUAGAAAUGUUCAACUUGUGUAUACACAUUUUCCGGUGUUAAUUGAAAUUUGUGUUAGCUUUAGGACA